CCAAACAUACCAGACAAUAUCCGAAGUUAGUGCCAUGGCCUCUCCAAAGAUAUCCCAAGCACUGCAGGAAAUAGCAGCCUCUGCAGAAAAAGAAAAGGGCUACGAAGCUCUGCUUUCUGAAGUCCGUUCCACAUCCUCCUCAUCACAGCUCCCCGGAGAUCUAAUCGCCAUCAUCGAUGCCAUAUUCGCCGACUCUCUCGGUAUAGUCGUAACGCGGUCUCUCAGCAUCCUCUUCGUUCAAACCCUCAAAGAAGUGCCCAGCAAUGAUACCAAAAUCGAAGUUGGCGAACAUGCUCUCACCAUCUUUCAAUCUCAAGCUUCCUCUUUCGAGGAACAAAUCACCCAGGUCAGGGAGCUUAUGGCAGAUGCCCACGAGAACGACGAAGACUUCCUUGCUGCUGCAAAAGUUUUAGCUGGCAUUCCCACCGAAUCAUCACAGAGAAAGGUCACAAACGAGGACAAAGUUCGCGUCUGGAUCCGCAUCACACGGAACUAUCUCGAAGUCGACGAUACGACGCUCGCAGAGCAAUAUCUCAAUAAAGCCAAAAACCUCAUCUACACAGUAUCAGACCGUGAUCUGAAUCUACAUUUCAAACUCUGCCAAGCUCGUAUCCAAGAUGCUCGGAGGGAUUUCUUAGCUGCGGCACAAGGCUACCAGGAUAUCAGUUUCAUGCCGGUCAUUGCUGAGGAGGAGCGUUUGCAUACUCUAAGCAUGGCUAUUAAGUGUGCUGUUCUGGCACCUGCCGGCCCUGCUCGCAGUCGUGCACUUGGCAGGUUAUAUAAAGAUGAACGAGCCAGCACAUUAGAGGAAUACGGUAUUCUGGAGAAGAUGUUCUUGGAUCGUUUGUUAACGCCUGCAGAGGUAGACAAAUUUGCAGAGGGACUGGCGAUUCACCAGCUAGCUAAGACGGCGGAUGGCAGCACAGUACUCGCGAAGGCCGUCGUAGAGCAUAACCUGCGAGGUGCGUCCAGAUUGUACAGCAAUAUCGGCUUUGAUGACUUGGGGCUACUCUUGGGCCUGGAUGGAGAUAAGGCAGAGGAGACGACAGCUAGAAUGAUCGAACAGGGGCGUUUGGUUGGCAGAAUUGAUCAGAUUGAGAGGGUCAUCUGGUUUGAGGGUGGAGAAGCUACAGGAGAGAAGGGUAGUGGUAGGGCAGCUGGGGUGGUUGGCAGAGAGCUGCGCAGAUGGGAUGCUAAUGUCCAAGGAUUGGCAGAGGAAGUGGAGAAGGUCACUUCAGAGCUUCAGUUACGAUACCCUGAUUUUGUGGCCAAACAUUUGGUAGUUUAAUGGAGCUAAUGUCACAGGGAGACACAAGUCGGCGUUUAGGAUGGAGCUGCAUGGAAAUCUGGGGCCGUGUAUCCCGAACAUCAUGCAACGGCGUUAACAGAGAUACGAGAUCAGAAUAGCAAUAGUGACGGAAAAUUAGAUCAAGUAUGUCAACAUGGCUGUAUCAGAGCUUAAAUAUUCUAUGCAUCACUUAUGCUUACGGGCU